AUGACAGUGAAGCAUUUCUUGUUUUUGAUUGCUGCUUUUGGCUUCCAGCCUGUGUCAGCCGGAAGAGAAAAACCUGGAGUCCCAUAUAAUACACUCCUCACGACAUUGGCAACUGUCCAAGAAGAAAUCGUUAAUGUACAUAAUAAUUUCAGGAGACAUGUAACUCCAUCAGCCCGCAACAUGCUGAAAAUGAGUUGGAGUGAGGAUGCUGCACAAAAUGCCAGAACUUUGACAAGUCAGUGUAAUCCAGUGGACAGCUACCCACCUGACAGGCAAAUUGGAGAGAACUUUUGUGGAGAAAAUAUGUUCUUUGCAUCUUAUCCUAUGUCAUGGUCAAGUGUAAUUGAAAUGUGGUACAAUGAGUCAAAAUACUUUACCUAUGGGAAAUGGAAGAGACUGGGUAAAAAGACAGACCAUUAUACUCAGGUUGUUUGGGCCAUUUCUUAUCUCAUUGGUUGUGGUGUUACAUUAUGUGGUGAAAGAAGAUCAAAUAGAUAUCUCUACAUUUGUCACUAUUGUCAUGAGGGAAAUGAUUAUAAGAAAAAUAAACCUUAUAAAGAUGGACUCCCAUGUGCAGACUGUCCUGAUGCCUGUGAAGAUAGACUUUGUAGUAAGUGUUACAAAUUCAGUUUGUUUAAUGUUAUUGACAAAUUAAUCAAAUUGGAGAAUUUAGAAAUGGGGAGGCGCUGA